AUUUGAACCAUCCUGUUAAAUAAAGUUUGUGUCUCGCAGUACCCCGCCAUGCACAAGUGUUUGCGUUUCUCCUGGUCCCCUUGUUUUUAAGUUGUUGUAGAUUAAGUAAUAUACAUCUGGAAAUGGGUGAUCGAUACAAUAUUCAUACCCAGUUAGAACAUUUGCAGUCAAAAUAUGUUGGUACAGGUCAUGCUGAUACCACCAAAUGGGAAUGGCUAACAAACCAACAUAGAGAUAGUUGUGCAUCCUAUCUGGGCCACUUCGACACACUUAACUUGUUUGCUAUAUGCGAAAAUGAGUGCAAGGCGAGAGUUCGAUUUAACCUUCUCGAGAAAAUGCUUCAGCCAUGUGGCCCUCCUCCAGAACGUCCUGAAGCAUAGUUUAAUUUUUAAUUCAAAUACUCCAUAGUGUAUUCCAUCAAACUACAACCUCUAACACUUGGUUUUGCCUGAUAAAACCUAAAUAUACGAAAAACAAGAUCAGAGUUCUUUUUGUGUAGUGUGUUGGGUCGCUGAUCAGGAGAAGCGUCAUUCCCUAUGUAUUCUCGUAUAUGCUGUACCAAUUUCACUUUUAAUCAUCCCAAUAGUUUCAUUACUUAUACGCAAACUCAAUUUCGUUGAUAGUUUGUGAUAUUAUUUGGAGCUUGCAAGAUAGAUUCAGCCAACAAUUUUAUAUAGAUUAGUGAUGUGGAUCAACUGCUAGAAUAACUUUAAUAACCAUUCAGUCAGUUGUUUCGAAAGUAAUCGUUCGAAUCAAAUUAUAAAAUUACUGCGUUCUAUGUUCUUUUUUUCAUGGCAAUAGCAUCUAUGUUUAUGGGAUUACUCGUACUUGUAAUUGUAAUUUGUAAAUAUUUAGAAUCACAGUUCUAGCGUUUUGUCCGGUGGUUCUUCAAUUGGUUUUUGUAACAAGUGACUUAUGUGUUUUACGGAAAACCCAUUUCAAUAGCGAAGGACACCUCACACAAAACGUGUAUUAGACAUAUCUGAUUAAAUAAAAUGACUUCAUCGGAAAACACACGUUGGCUGAGGUGGUUGUAAACCUUUAUUGCGUACUCCGAGUUGGUUGGGAUAAAGCUAAGAGCGGCUAAACAAAGACCGAUAAUUCAUCAAGUCACUGAUUGUUAGUCUGAAGCCUGUUAGAAGGAGCGAGUUACUUGGUUGAGGCCCGGUUAGUAGUUGUAAUCAAUUUCCAAAAUCAUAGAUCGCAACGCAAAAUUGGUUGCGGUUGCUUUCGUUCCCCAUUUAACUGUACAUCUUGAUUUCAUCCCAUGUUUUUCCCUUCCUUUAAAAUUAGUUAUAUUACUCGGUUUUCUGCACAAAUUGGUAUGAUUAUUUUCUUUGAUUCCCAUGUAAAUUAUUUUUCACACUUUUGCUCUAAGGAUUGGCAACGUGAACCAAAACACACCCGUUACAUGUCAUAUUUUAUUAGUGACUGGUUAAGUGUUUUGGCAAUCACACUCUUAUGUGGAAUACAGUAGUAUGAAACAGCGGAAUAUAUACUUACC